AUGGCUGAAGUAGCUGGAUUGGCUCUGGGUAUCGCUGGCAUCGCUGGCACAAUCGAUGUUUGCAUUAAAUGCGGCAAAUAUCUGGUCCAAGCCUGCAAAGAUUAUGACCAGACUGACGUUAUAGUCAACGAACUAUGCGUGAGGAUUGAAAUCUGCUGGUCGCGAAUUGCGAGCCAGCUAGAAAUUGUCAAAGAACUCGAGCACGGUUUGAAUUACGACGAUCAGAAGCUCCAGACACGAAUCCUGAGUAUCCUCCGAUCGAAACUUGAAGCUGCCAUCGGAGCCAUCUCAAAGUCUGAGAAGUAUGGGUCAUCAAAACGCGUCAAAGCCUUGAAUUUUCUCAGUCUACGAGAGACUCUCGAAAGCACUGUAGCAGAUCUUGAAUCGUGGCAGCAGCGAUUUGAACCUUCAUGGUUCCAGGUCAUCAAAACAGCUCCCCCAGCUGUCGAUCAAGUGCUCCAAAACAGUCCAAAAGUCGGAGGUCGAAAUCGGGAGGAACCAGCUUACGAGGGUUUAAAAUUUCGUCAAGCUUUCGGUGAGAACCGGUCGGAUCUUCUUGCAGAGAAGGUACUUGCGACUCUAGAAACAGCACCUAUCCCACAUUGCAACGCAGUCUUCGCCACUAAGAAAGAGGAUAACAAACGAUUCAUCCUUGACUCUGUCUCCUCAACAAGCGUUACAUUGAGGGAUGCUCGACAACUUGCAUCGCGUCUCAGAGACUCAAACCCUUUUACUUUUGGAACGCUGAAAUGCAGAGGGAUUGUGCGGCUACCCAAGAAAGAAUCCCUAGUGUUUGUUUUUAGACUUCCAGACGGUUACGAUAAAGUUCAAAGCUGUAGGCAGCUCCUUCUUUCAGGUUAUAUGCCUCACUCGCUCACCAUGCGACUAAAGAUUGCUCGUCAGCUGGUAACCGCUGUCUACUACAUUCACCUUUACGAAUUUGUUCACAAAAGCAUUACCCCUGAGACUAUACUGCUUUUGAGGCAUUCCGAGCAGACAAAUAAUGAUUUGUUGAAGGACUCUGUCUAUCAACAUCCAUCUCGAGCAAGUGGUGCUGAGGUUACGUUUGUCAUGCAGCACGACAUCUACAGUCUUGGUGUUUGCCUUCUCGAGAUUGGCCUGUGGCAGUCGAUUGUUCACUACGAUUCAGGCAAUCCACAGAUAUCAAGAAAUCUGCGGGAUCUUGACCCGGAAGCUAUCAAAGAGCGACUGAUCUCUUUGAGCCGAAACGAAUUGAGAGUUACUAUGGGCGACAUAUACAGCAAGGUAGUCGAGACUUGCUUAACCUGUCUGGAUGAGGGUAACACGGAGUUUGGUGAUCCUCGUGAUUUUGAGGAUGAUUGUGGGGUUGAAGUCGGCUCGCGAUAUGUAAAAAAGAUCGUGGAAGUGAUGAGUGUUAUCAAUUACUAG